CGUGACCUCGAAAACGGCGAAGAAAUGGCAGGCUGCCGCUGGUGGGCGGGGCGCGUACUGAGUGAGGGGCGGGACCGAGUGAGCGGAGGGAGGGCUUAAAGGAGGAAGGAGGCCAUCUUGGAGUCCCAGAUUCGAACCGAGACUUAAGAGAAAAAAAGAAAGCGUAAACAAAAUCGUGACAUUCCGAGUGAAGUAAACGCUACAGCGGACAUUCAGAAGCCCGACGCGCCCUGGCUUUACCCGCUGGCCGCGGUGAAUGGAAAUACUCAAAUAUUGUUUUGAGGAUCAACAAUGGAUUUAUAAUUUGGAGAAAUUCCUCAUGCUGUCCUGAUUUCUCCUUGGAACUCUCAAACUGUUUAGAGAGGAUAACAUAUGGUGCAAUAUUGGGACUCACGUGUUGAGCAAUACCUUAAGUUAUUAUUCAGAAGACCUUUUUCUGCCAAGAAAUUUAAAAUUUUGGGCAACAAUUUCCAUUUUGAAGAGUGAAAAACUAUUGCAGAUUUCUCUUCGGACAUUUGAAGAGACACUUUGAGUGUAUAUUUAUAGAUCUAUACAGCUUGUUAAAAGAAACUUAUCUAAAGUCUCCACAAGCAUGAGUAGUACAAGGGCAGAGAACCCUGUUAUUCUGGGUUUGUCCAAUCAGAAUGGGCAGCUUCGUGGCCCAAUGAAGCCAGCAGGAGCCCCAGGAGGGGGAGGGGGUGGAGGGUGUGUAACUCUUACCCAGCAGGCCAAUCAGAUAAAGAAUUCCGGCACCAUUAAUAAUGGCAACCCCCAGUCCAACGUGCCAGCCAACUCCAGUAUCAAGCCAGGUGAUGACUGGAAGAAAAACCUAAAGCUGCCCCCCAAGGAUAUGAGAAUGAAAACAUCAGACGUUACUGCUACAAAAGGCAAUGAGUUUGAGGAUUAUUGUCUAAAGCGAGAACUUCUGAUGGGCAUCUUUGAAAUGGGCUGGGAGAAACCAUCCCCUAUACAAGAGGAGAGCAUUCCCAUUGCACUUUCUGGGAGAGAUAUUCUGGCAAGAGCAAAGAAUGGAACUGGCAAAAGUGGAGCCUACCUCAUUCCCUUACUUGAACGCAUAGACCUAAAGAAGGACUGCAUACAAGCUGUGUGCAUUGUCCCCACACGGGAGCUGGCGCUGCAGGUCAGCCAAAUAUGUAUCCAGGUCAGCAAGCACAUGGGUGGAGUCAAAGUGAUGGCAACCACUGGAGGAACCAACCUGCGUGAUGACAUUAUGAGGCUGGAUGAAACUGUGCACGUUGUGAUUGCCACUCCAGGAAGAAUCCUAGAUCUUAUUAAGAAAGGAGUUGCCAAAGUCGGCCAAGUGCAGAUGAUCGUCCUGGAUGAGGCAGACAAGCUCCUGUCCCAGGACUUUGUUCAGAUGAUGGAGGAGAUCAUUGGUACUCUUCCAAAAAACAGACAGAUCCUUCUGUACUCUGCCACUUUUCCACUCAGUGUGCAGAAGUUCAUGAAUGCCCACCUGCAGAAGCCCUAUGAGAUUAACCUAAUGGAGGAGCUUACGCUGAAGGGGGUGACACAGUACUACGCUUAUGUUACAGAGAGACAGAAGGUUCAUUGUCUCAAUACGCUCUUCUCCCGACUUCAGAUUAACCAAUCCAUAAUCUUCUGUAACUCCUCCCAACGGGUCGAGCUGCUUGCCAAGAAGAUCUCUCAGCUGGGCUAUUCCUGUUUCUAUAUCCACGCCAAGAUGAGGCAGGAGCACCGAAACCGAGUGUUCCAUGACUUCAGGAAUGGCCUCUGUCGCAAUCUUGUCUGCACAGACUUGUUUACCCGUGGUAUUGACAUUCAAGCUGUGAAUGUGGUCAUCAAUUUUGACUUUCCAAAACUGGCAGAGACGUACCUGCAUCGCAUUGGCAGAUCAGGUCGUUUUGGACACCUGGGGUUGGCCAUCAAUCUCAUCACCUAUGAUGAUCGCUUCAACCUGAAAGGAAUAGAGGAGCAACUGGGCACAGAAAUUAAACCAAUCCCUGGCAGUAUUGAUAAGAGUCUGUAUGUGGCAGAGUAUCACAGUGAGACAGGCAGCGAAGAGAAACCAUGAGGUGCUUCUGUCUCUGGAUCUGCAUUUUUUUUUUUUUUUGUUUUGGUUAUCCUCCCAUUUACCCUGUAAACCUUUCCUUCCCUCUUGUUAGGAGCUGGCUGAUUUCUUGGACGUGCUGUGCUGGGACAAUUUUUUUUUUUUUUUCCUUUAAGGGAAGGAAACUGGGUGAUCAAGCACACAAGAUUUUAAUUUUUGCACCACCAAAAAAUGCCAGAAGAGAAGACAUUCUGCUUAUGUGGUCCCUGCCCCUCCAGCUCCUGUUUGAGUUGCACUAAAACCAGCAGCAGGGUGGCUGAGCUGCACCCUUCCUGCAGGGACCCGACCUGCAACACUCAACUC